GUCGACGUAGACGUAGGCGUCGCCGUCGCCGUCGUAAUAUCAGUAUUCGUUGCAGUCGACGUCAAAGUUGCCAUUUCAUUCUUUGCGACCAACGUCAUACGCGAUGCUUUCGUCGUCGACGUAGACGUAGGCGUCGCCGUCGCCGUCGUAAUAUCAGUAUUCGUUGCAGUCGACGUCAAAGUCGCAAUCGAAUACUUUGCGGCCGCCGUCGGUAUCGGCAUCGUCAUGGUCGUACGGGCUGCUUUCGUCGUCGAAGUAGGCGUCGCCGUCGCCGUUGCCGUCGUCAUAUCCGUAGUUCUUACAGUCGACGUCAAAGUUGCCAUUAAAUUAUUGGCAGCCAACGUCGUUAUCGGCAUCUUCAUGGUCAUACGCGCUGCUUUCGUCGUCGACAUAGACGUAGACGUAGGCGUCGCCGUCGCCGUCGUCAUAUUCGUAGUCGUUGCAGUCGACGUCAAAUUUGUAAUACCAUUUUUCGCAGCCGCCGUCGGUAUCAGCAUCCUCAUGGUCAUACAGGCUCCUUUCGUCGUCGACGUAGACAUCGCCGUCAUCGUCGCCGUCGUAAUAUCCGUAUUCGUUGCAAUCGACGUCAAAGUUGCCAUUUCAUUCUUUGCGGCCAACGUCAUACGCGAUGCUUUCGUCGCCAACGUAGACGUCGCCGUCGCCGUCACCGUCGUAAUAUCCGUAUUCGUUGCAGUCGACGUCAAAGUUGCCAUUUCAUUCUUCGCAGCCGCCGUCGUUAUCGGCAUCGUCAUGGUCAGACGCACUGCUUUCGUCGUCGACGUAGACGUAGGCGUCGCCGUCGCCGUCGCCGUCGUCAUAUUCGUAGCCGUUGCAGUCGACGUCAAAGUUUCAAUUGAAUUGUUUGCGACCGUCGUCGGUAUCGACAUCCUCAUGUUCAUAAGCGCUGCUUUCGUCGUCGACGUAGACAUAGGCGUCGCCGUCGUCAUCUCCGGAGUCGUUGCAGUCGACGUCAAAGUUGCCAUUUCAUUCUUCGCAGCCGCCGUCGGUAUCGGCGUCGUCAUGUUUAUACGCUCUGCCUUUGUCGCCAACGUAGACGUCGCCGUCGCCGUCGCCGUCGUAAUAUCCGUAUUCGUUGCAGUUGACGUCGAAUUUGCCAUUUCAUUCUUCGCAGCCGCCGUCGGUAUCAACAUCCUCAUGCUCAUACGGGCUGCUUUCGUCGUCGUGGUAGGCGUCGCCGUCGCCGUUGCCAUCGUCAUAUCCGAAGUCGUUGCAGUCGACAUCAAUUUUGACAUUGAAUUAUUUGCGGCUGCCGUCGGUAUCGGCAUCGUCAUGCUCAUACGCGCUGCUUUCGUCGUCGACGUAGGCGUCACCGUCGCCGUCGCCGUCGAUGUCGUCAUAUCCGAAGUCGUAUUAGUCGACGUAAAAGUUGCUAUUUCUUUCUUCGCGUCCAACGUCAAUAUCGGCAUCGUCAAGGUCAUACGCGUUGCCUUCGUCGUCGACGUAGGCGUCGCCGUCGCCGUUGCCGUUGUCAUAUCCGAAGUCGUUGCAGUCGACAUCAAUUUUGACAUUGAAUUAUUUGCGGCUGCU